AUGGAUUUACUAUUAUCAACUCAAGAAACUGGAAGUAUAAGAUUUGUUAAAUUAUCUAAAUCUCAUAAUAAUGAUGAUACAUUGGAUAUCAAAAUUAAACAUGAAAUUUGUAUUGGUGGCAAAGAUAAUUAUAUUCAAAGAAUUUCUAAUUUUAAAUUCCAACAUAAAUUACAUUUACUUAUAGUUAGAAAGAAUGGUUUAAUUCAAUUAUAUAAAAAACAAGAAUCAAAGCAUCAAGGUACUUUUUAUCAAUUAUCAAAAGAAUGGAAGAAUUCAAUUUUAAAUCAACAAGAUUCAAUCAUUUCACUUGGAUUUUUAAAUAAUCAAUAUCUUUAUAGUUGUUCAAGAGAUGGGAAAUUAGUUAUUCGAGAUUUAAUUAAUGAUGAUGCCGAUGAAGGUUAUAAAGUAUAUCUUAUUCAAAGUCCAGUAAGCAAUAUUGAUAUUAAUAUGAAUAAUACAAAUGGAAUUACAAUUGUAAGUUGUGGCAAAAAUAAUGAAGUUAAAUUAUAUGAAAUAGAAAACUUAGUUGGAUAUUCACCACCACCCAGUAAUACAUCAUCAUCAUCUUCGCCAAGAUUUUCAAGUCUACAUGAUGAUUCUACUGCUGAAUUAACAUUUGGUACCAUUAUGAGAAAUAGACCAUUAAGAAGAUCUUAUGCUAAUUUAAAUCUAAGAUUUGAUUAUUCAACUCAACCUAAUUCUGAUAGACAUGUAAUGACUUUAUCACCAUUUUGGAGUUCAUCUACUCAUUUUCUGGAUUUCAUAUAUAAUGCUCAAUCGUUAGAAAAGAUUUCCAAUUGGUAUAUUUCAAUUGUUAUAGUUGGAGGUGGAUAUAUUGUAUGUGGAAGUCAAUUUGGUAAAUUAUCAUUAUAUAAUGCAGUUGAAGAUUGUUAUGCUAUAAAGACUAUUACAUUAUCACAGUUUCCAAUUCUUAAUUUAAAAGAAUUAGAUAAUGAUCAUAUUUUAUAUAGUGAUUCCAUGUGUAAGAUUGGUAUUGUUAAAUUAUCAACUAUGCAAGUUAUAAAUCAUUAUGAUAAUUUAAGAAUUGGUCCUAUAAAUCAUUUUCAAUUUAUUUUACCUGGGAAUUUAACCAAGAAGAGGAAAAUAAGUGGUGAUAGAUUAAGAUUUGAUCCAAUUUAUACAAUGAGUACUACAAUUGAUAAACGAUUUGUUAUUUAUAAAUUAUAUGAUGAUAAUAGGUUUGAAUUAUUAUUGGAUGUUAAAUUAUUUGAUUCUUUAGUGCCUUGUAUAAGUCUACUAAAAAAGAAUUGCAAAACCGAUUAUGAAAUUUUUCAAUCAUUAUUUGGAGGACAAGAGGAAGAAGAAGAACAUGAAGGUUUCCAUAACAUGGAAAGAUUAUUCACAAAGAAACGGAAAUUAUCCCAAGAUUCACCUAUUCCAUUACCUUCUCCACCUCAUUCACAACAUAGUUCUUCCGAUGAUACCAAAAAGCUUAAAAGUGGUGAGGAACUAUAUGCUCAUUUCCAACAUAUGACAAAUCUUCCCUUUUCUCCUUUCUCGACCGUUGACCCAACAGUUACCACCGCCACCCCACCACCUAUUGCUAUUCAUGAUAGACCGGCCGAAUAUGAUGAUUCACAAGAUGUUGUUCAUGACCUUGAUGAUUACGAAUGUGACGAUGAUGAUAAAGAAACCUUUAAGUAA